CUGGGAACGCCUCGCAACAUGAGGACCAUUAUUUUAGUGUCAUUCGUGGCUGCGUUGAGCGUGGCAGCUGCUGCUCCUGACGGUUGCUGUGGUGGAAGCCAUGGAGGAGGAGGCCACGGAGGUGGAGGAUAUGGAGGAGGGGGUGGAGGAGGCAGUGGCCAUGGAGGCGGAGGAGGCAGAGGCGGCAGAGUGGUGAAAGCAGAGCUGGUCGGAGUUGGCACUCUUCCUAGCACUGGUGGAGGAUCAGGAGGUUAUGGCUCCCGCGGAGGUGGCUCUCGAGGUGGCCACGGCAGAUCCAGCGGAGCCAGCAUUGUCCGAGCUGAGCUGGUCGGAGUUGGCACUCUUCCUAGCACUGGUGGAGGAUCAGGAGGCUAUGGCUCCCGCGGAGGUGGCUCUCGAGGCGGCCAUGGCAGAUCCAGCGGUGCCAGUAUUGUUCGGGCACAGCUGGUUGGUGUUGGCAGCCUUCCCUCAGGCGGGGGCAGUGGCCACGGUUCCAAUGCCAUUUCCACCGGUGGGGGAUACGGCGGUGGAAGUGGCUGGUAGAACUUUUUCUCCACAUUUUGUGAAGAAUUUACAUAACAUAAAACGUAUUCAUUCACUAUUUGCGAAUAAACUAUCACA